GAUCAGUGCGGCGUCGUCGUCAGUUGGCAGAUAUUGCAUGUAGAUAUAAAGACGUUUAACCUUGGUGGUCAAAUCAGUCACAUAAUUUGACUGCAGUGAAAGAGUGUUUUUGUAUAAUAAUUAGUUAUAAUGUUUAAGUAUCUAUCAAUCGUGGGUUUUCCAACAUUACUUUUGUCGAUCGUAGGUGCAGCGCCUCUCGAUCUUGACCCAGUGUCACACCUCUCUGAGUUUGGAUACCUUCCACCACCUGAUCCGAACAAACCCAGCAGCCUCAUCACAGAUCAAGCUCUUGCCAAUGCUAUCAGAUCCUAUCAGGAAUUCAUGGGACUGAAGGUGACGGGAACACUGGACAGUGAGACAAGCGGACAGAUGCAACAGCCAAGAUGUGGAAUGGUGGAUCUGGAACAAACACCUCAAAAUAACCCCAACUCCCCCAACUCUUUUACGCUUUUUGGCACACGCUGGUCUAAGAAGCAGCUCAAAUACAAGAUAACAAAAUACCCAAGCAACUUUUCAAGAGAAAAAACAGACAGUGCAAUAAGGAGAGCGUUCGACGUCUGGUCGAGCGUCACUCCCCUGACCUUCGUCAAGAAAAACAGUGGUCCUGUCCACAUUGAGAUCAGGUUUGAAAGAGGACAUCACAACGAGAUUUGUAAGCCAUUCGACGGACCUAGUCAUGUUCUAGCCCAUGCUUAUCAACCAUCCUCAAACCCCAUUGGAGGAGACGCUCACUUCGACGACACUGAAAAUUGGACCCUCGACUCAAGCAAAGGGAAAGAUCUCUUUCUCGUAGCUGCUCAUGAGCUUGGGCACUCUUUAGGACUUCGCCACUCCAAGAAGAAGCGGGCCCUGAUGUAUCCCACAUAUCACGGGUUUGGGUCUCAUUUCGAACUUCACCCUGACGACAUCAAAGGAAUCCAGACUCUCUAUCCGAGAUGAUUUCCAUCAGUGCUUCAGUAAGUUCUGAAGGAGACAAUUAAACAACAUCGACAUAAUUUGAGAGGAAGACUACGCUUUGAAGAUUUAUUUAGUAUUUACCUCUGAUAAUAUUGCUGUUUUGAUAACUAUAGUGUAAUGGAUGUUGGUGAUGCAAUAAAUGAUAACCCAAAACCACAA